CUCGAGGAGCUUGGAAGUGAGUGGCAACAAUGUUGCCAAUACAAAGCAGUGUGCUUAAAGUGGAAAGCACAGACACACAGCACACAGUUAACCCUUUGGUCACCCCAGAUGUUAACCCCUUCCUGCCCAGUGCCAUUAGUACAGUAUCAGUGCUUUUCAUUAGCACUGAUCACUGUAUUGGUGUCACUGGGGAUGUCAGUGACACCAAAUCAGUUCCCCCCAGUGUCAAAUUGCCCACCGCAGUCCCUCUAUAAGUCUCUGAUUGCCGCCAGUACUAGUAAAAAAAACAAAAUCCCAGUAUAUAUACUGCCAUUUGUAUAUGCUAUAACUUUCACGUAAACCAAUUAAUUUA